AUGUUCCACCCUGUGGCGCCGGGCGAGAGGGUUACCUUCAAGUCACGGGGGCUUAAAAUGGGUGCACGCCUUGGAUACGGGGAGGCUAGCAUGUACCGUGAAGACGGAAAGCUGGCGGCGAGGGGCCGACACGUGAAGCACCUCCCGAUGGGGCGCGCGUGGGACCUUUCUACGAAUCCUUUCGUUUUCCCGUACGCUCGCAAGAUGUCUGAACGGCAGCACGCACAGUGGCUAAGAGAUCCGGAACGAUCAAAGGGAAUUCCUACGGGGGAGCAUCUUCUGGACAUGUUCAAGCUGGAACAAUUCGAACGUGUUGGAGGAGGUGGAGACGAGGCGUACUUCGGCGUGGCAACAUCUAGCGACCCUCAAGUUGAAGAGCAAGCGGGAGACGACGAGGGAGGUUUUCGUAGCGCCGAGGCGGAGUGCCUCGUGACGAGACGCAUGUGCAACUAUAUGCCAGGGACGAUGCACGGCGGCGCAAUAGCCGUUGCGGCGGAAGAGAUCGCCCGACGAUGCCCGCCGGCGCCAUUCCCGAUGGACGCUGUUCCGAUUCCUGGAAACCCUCGCGUCCAGUACAUGGAGGUGCACUACAUGUCACCGAUCAAGCGACGAGCUGGGCUGGCUGCUGUGUCGGCUGCUUCGGAGAUAGGCAAAAACGUCACAAGGGUAGGACUGUCGGAGGCGGGCGGCACGGAGGGUGGCGUUCUAAGCGCGGAAGCGGUGCUGCUGUGGAGCCAACGGGGCGAGGGGCGGGGGGUUCGUUGACUGAAAGCCAGAAUAAUAAAAAAGUGUAGGGGGGUAGUCUGGCAUACCUACCGAGUAGGGGUACAUUUGAACAUCUAGGUUACCAAAUGAAGAAUGACGAAACUGCGGCUUGUGAAACAUUGAUUAAACACGACACGGCGUCCGGAAAGUGUGUUCUUUUCGUCGGCCGCCGUGUUCGUUUGCCUUCUUUGCUCGGAGGAAGGACACACUCACGUCAGUUUCUGGGGUGGAACAUAGGAACCAUAAUUCCUGUGUUUGCAGGGCGUUAACUGUAAGGACGAGAGCACAACGCUCGCCCAAAUACGCUUCGGAUUCCGCUUUUCUCCGCCUCCUCCGGGGGUAUGAAAACCAGAAUGAAGAAGAGAGGAGCAGAUUCUUCAACGCGGCUCGAAGAUUGGUCACAACCGAGCUUACUAUUGCGUUUUGCCUAAACCAGGACGUCGGAAACCGAUCGUUGCCAUAAUAGGUUGGACAACCAGAAGUGAACCCGUGUUUACUAC